CAGCUGCAACCAGUUUGCUGGGUUCCCGUCGAGUGCAGCUCAAGUCAAAUACUUAGUCAGACCGAUUUACUCUAUUGUAGACCUCUACUAGAUAUAUAUCCAACUAGUCUCCGUACAAGGCAGAGAGAUGGUACACUAGCUAGGCCUGUAUAUCAUAUUCCAAGUUUCUCAAGCUUGGUACAUCAAGAUGGUGUACCAUGAUAUAGAUAUCCCUUUACCGGCUUUCAUAGCCAUCGACUUUAUAGGUAUGACGGUAGCCUUGAUACCAAUUGUACUUCGAUUCUGGCUCCGUUGGCGGGAAGCCAAACCUCAGCCCUUGACCCGCAAUAUCUCAGAUGGCUUGAUAGUCCUCUCAUGGCUCUCUGGCCUGGUCCUCAUCAGCAUCAAUGCAUGGAAGAACAGCUUACGGCAGCGCUACAUUCACUACCCGCCAAGCGAGCUCUACUACAGCGUUCCACGCCCCUUGUCUGCCCACUUGCUUUACGUCUCCUGGAUAUCGCUCUUUUUUAUUUACAUCUCACUCUGGGCCGCGAAAUUCGCCCUCAUCGCCUUUUUCGCAAGCGUGUUACGCUUAAUGGAGACACGUCUAGCACGAUUGUUCCUAGGCUUCGCCGUCAUUUUCACCACAAGCACCUUUAUCCUACACAUCACCUUGCUCACGAGAUGGUGCACUCCCAUCAGCAGCAACUGGGACAUCAAUGGAAAGCUUUGCUCCGCCGUUCACGACAUCAGAUCCGUGACAGUCUCCACUGUAGCAAACAUCUCCACAGAUCUCGUCAUCCUAUCUCUCCCAAUCUUCGCCCUCACUUCCCUGAGCCGCGAGCGGAGAGCGCUCACAACGGAGCGCCGGAUCACCAAGGCGGAGUGGAGUGGGUUCGCCCUCGUCAUAUCUGUGGCAGCUCUCAGUAUAAUCGCAGCGCUAGCUAGGUGGAUUACUCUACAGCUUGUACACACAGUUCCGAAGGCAAACAUCACCCAUACCAUCGACGUGUGGGCGCUCGUCGAGAUUGUCGCUAGUUUGCUCGCCGUGUGUCUGCCCACUCUGCGUUCUUUCGUUAGGAGAUCGAGAACAGAGAGCCGUCGGAGAAUGGAGAAUGGCCAGUCCUCCAAGUUGCUGUUCCUGCAUUGGAAAGGGUCUGAAAGCACAGUUCGAGCUAGCAGUACAAGCGUUUAGCAAAGUCCUAGUGUUUUUGGGAUCAGCAUGGCGUAUAAGGGCGUUUUCGUGU